AGUAGUGGUUAUAAAAAAGGGUGUAUUCAGAGUUGUUUAUAAUGUUUCGUUUUAAAGUUAUGACUUAUUAGUUAAUAGUAAAAUAGUAAAUACUUAAUAGGUAUUGACUAUUGGCAUUUGGUAACCAAUUUUGGUUGGUCUUAUACUCUUAUCCACAAUUUGUGUUUAGUAAUUUUGUGCUGCGUUUUCGUACGUUUAUUAAUAUUACGAUUAUUUUGAAUUUUUACGUUCGGUCUUGAAUUAUUGUUUCCUUAAACAUUUGUCAUAGAAAAAUUAUGAACGAGUUUUUGUAAUUAAUAUUUUUUCGAAAUGGCAUCAUUAGCAUCUAAGGAUUAUGAUCUGCAUGGAAGAACAGACUCAUAUCGUGUUGCUACAGUUCCAUCUCAGUUUGAUGAUAAUAAAACAGUAGAUGGAAAACCAAAAACAAGAAGAAAAGCACCAUCAUCGAUUAGUACCAAGUAUAGUCAUGCUGAAAACUUAGAUGAAUUGAAACAAGAUCCAUAUUUGGACUAUCAUAAAGUACCAUUAGAUGAACUGUACCAACGGUUUGGAACACAUCCUGGAACUGGGUUAACUCAUGCUAAAGCUCGAGAAAAUUUAGAAAGAGAUGGACCUAAUACUCUGACACCACCAAUUACAACACCCGAAUGGAUAAAAUUUGCAAAACAGAUUUUUGGUGGAUUUUCAGUAUUAUUAUGGUGUGGAGCACUUCUGUGUUUCCUAGCCCAUACUGCAGAAACUAGUACUACAGAAGAUCCAAAUGACGAUUAUUUUUACUUGGGAGUAGUAUUAGUUGCUGUUGUCAUCAUCACAGGAAUCUUCUCCUAUUAUCAACAAGCUAAAUCUUCUGCAAUUGUGGAUUCAUUUAGGAAUUUAGUUCCUCAGUUUGCCGUAGUUAUACGACAAGGUGAAUCAUUGACAUUACGAGCUGAAGAUCUUACUCUUGGUGACAUUGUUGAGCUUAAGUUUGGAGACCGUAUUCCAGCUGACUUAAGAAUUAUUGAGAGUCAUUCAUUUAAAGUUGAUAAUUCAUCACUGACUGGUGAAUCUGAACCGCAAAGUCGCACUCCGGAAUUUACUCAUGAAGAUCCUUUGGAAACUAAAAAUUUUGCAUUUUCUUCCACUCAUGCUGUUGAAGGAACUGCUAAGGGUGUAGUUAUUGCAUGUGGAGAUAAUACUGUUAUGGGAAGAAUUGCCGGAUUAGCUUCAAGUUUAGAUAGUCGACCAACGCCAAUUGCAAGGGAAAUAAUUCGUUUUGUGAAUUUUGUUAAUAUUACUGCUAUUAUUAUUGGAAUAUUACUAUUCAUUAUUGCAUUGAUGAUGGGCUGUUAUUGGUUGGAUGCCAUAAUUUUUAUGAUAGGUUUUUUAGUUGCAGCUGUCCCAGAAGGUUUGUUAGCCACUGUAACUGUUUGUUUAACAUUAACUGCCAAGCGAAUGGCAUCUAAAAACUGUCUUGUAAAGAAUUUGGAAGCAGUAGAGACAUUAGGCUCAACUUCAACAAUUUGUUCUGAUAAGACUGGAACAUUAACUCAAAAUCGUAUGACUGUUGCUCACAUGUGGUUUGAUAAUCAAAUUAUUGAAGCCGACACUACUGAAGAUCAGUCUGGUGUGCAAUAUGAUAGAUCCAGUCCUGGGUUUAGAGCUUUGGCUAGAAUUGCAACACUUUGUAAUCGAGCUGAAUUUAAAGCAGGACAAGAUGGUGUACCUACUCUAAAAAAGGAAGUAAAUGGGGAUGCUUCAGAAUCCGCUUUGUUGAAGUGUAUGACACUUGCUCUUGGUGAUGUCAUGUCUAUCAGAAGGCGUAACCGUAAGGUUUGCGAGAUACCUUUUAAUUCAACAAAUAAAUAUCAGGUUUCAAUUCAUGAGACUGAAGAUCCUUCAGAUUCUCGAUAUUCUCGAUAUUUAUUAGUUAUGAAAGGAGCUCCUGAACGUGUCCUUGAUCGUUGCUCUACCAUAUUUAUUGGGGGAAAAGAAAAAGUUCUCGAUGAAGAAAUGCGUGAAGCAUUUAAUAACGCAUACUUAGAAUUAGGUGGUCUUGGUGAGCGCGUCCUAGGUUUUUGUGACAUGUUAUUAUCACCAGACCGUUUUCCUAAAAAUUUCCUGUUUGAUGUCGAUGAACCUAAUUUCCCAUUAAGUGGUAUGCGAUUUGUUGGGUUGAUGUCUAUGAUAGAUCCACCAAGAGCAGCGGUUCCAGAUGCUGUGGCUAAAUGCCGUUCAGCUGGUAUAAAAGUUAUUAUGGUUACUGGAGAUCAUCCUAUUACUGCUAAGGCAAUCGCAAAAUCUGUUGGAAUUAUAUCUGAAGGAAAUGAAACAGUUGAAGACAUCUCUCAGAGAUUAAAUAUUCCUAUAUCUGAAGUAAAUCCAAGAGAUGCUAAUGCAGCUGUCGUGCAUGGUUCUGAAUUAUUGGAUUUGCCUCCAGAGGUUUUGGAUGAAAUAUUAAGAUACCAUAAAGAAAUAGUAUUUGCAAGAACUUCGCCUCAACAAAAAUUAAUUAUUGUUGAAGGUUGUCAAAGAAUUGGAGGAGUUGUUGCUGUAACUGGAGAUGGUGUUAAUGAUUCACCUGCACUUAAAAAAGCAGAUAUUGGCGUUGCAAUGGGAAUUUCUGGAUCAGAUGUUUCAAAAGAAGCAGCUGACAUGAUUCUUUUAGAUGAUAAUUUUGCUAGUAUUGUUACUGGCAUAGAAGAAGGACGUUUAGUGUUUGAUAAUUUAAAAAAAUCUAUUACUUAUACUCUUUCAUCUAAUGUCCCUCAAUUACUGCCGUUCAUUGCUUUUAUCAUGCUAAGCAUACCAUUGCCUAUUGGUGCUAUUGCUAUAUUAUGCAUUGAUCUUGGUACAGAUAUGAAUGUUGAUAAUUAUUUGGUUUGACGUUUGUUCACUACAGUUUUGAUUAUAAUUAGGCUAAACAUAUGAGGUAAACCAUUGACUUUUUUAUUAUUCUAGAAACUGACAUAAUUUAUAUCUAAUCAGUUUUAUAAUUUCCUUUUUAAUCUACUAUCCCCGUUAGGUUAACAGAUAAACAUAAUAUUUUCAUUAUAGAAAUAUUCAAUAAUAAUUAGCUAAAAAUAUUAAUAAAUUUAACUUGGAUUAAUUGACUUUGUUUUUUUAAUGUGACAUCAAUUGUCUUAUAAUUAUUAGUUGUAAUUGUAAUUUAUGAUGUGAUAUAUGAUUAUGUGUUCAUAGUAGUGUGCAAGUAUAGAGAAAUCAACAUUUUUAACAGUAUUAAUCAGUGGUGGAUCUAAGAUUUUAAAAAAAUGGCAUGGUUAUAAUUAAAUCUGGAUCAUAUGUUUGGAAGUCGUGUAUCAUAAAAAUAAGCCGCAUAAAAAUUCUUGUAAAGUCAAUGUAGAUAUUAUGAGUGUUAUUAAAAAAUUUAGUAUUACCUUGGGUUUAACUUAUACAUAAUAGACAUAUCAACUACCAACGUCGAGUAUAAUAAUAAUAUUUUAUCAUUUUCCUACCUAUAUCUAGUAUGAUUAUAAUAUGUUAUUUUAUUUCAUUUUAAUAAUACUUUUUGAGUUUAGGUAAUACUAUUACCUAUACAUAAUUAUGUAGGUAUAGAAUUGUAUUUAAAAUACUCAAUAUUAUUUUUAUUUUAAUAAUUCAUAAGUCAUUAAUAUGACUUAAAUACGUUAAUUUUCACUAUCUAUCCAUUCAUACAUGAAAAAUAUAAUAUAAUAAAAUUAAAUGGAUAAUUAAAAAUCAACAAUAAUCUUGUGUUUUAAUAAAUUUGGAUUCCUAGUUGGAAAUAUUGGAUUCAAACAAUUACUAAAUUUGAUAAAAAAAAAAAAGACUAGACUAAUGCUGACACAUCAAUAAUUUAUCAAAAUAAUGUUGGGGUAAUGGGGUCUACAGCUAUUUUGAGAAUUUUUAUAAAGAACAAUUAUAUUGUAUUUAAUAAAACAAGAAAAAAGUAGACAUGAUAUAUAAAAAACCAAAUUUCUGAAAUUUCUAUUCUAAAAAAUAAUUACUCCAACACGAUAAAUUGUAUUGUUUUUAACUAAAUAAUUUAAUUGAAAUGAUAUAACUAUGUCAUAAAUCAUUAUAUUAAUUCCAACACAGAAAUUGUUUUACUUUUGAAAAAUAUUUUAUUUUUGAUAAUGAGCUAUGAGGCAACUGAGACUCAACUUUUAAACAUUUGACAUGGUACCAGUUAAAUUUAGUAGCUAUGUUAGUUGGACUUUAUUUAAAGGAAUGAAUAACUUUGGGACUCAUAUAUUUUUGAAAUAUUAUAAUGUAUCUAAUUAUAAGAAGUGAUAAUGAAAACAAAUAAGCUUAUAUUGACUGAGCUCAAUUAGACUUAUCUGAGUGGCUUAUAUCUGCCACUAAUAUUAAUUGAUAUUUUGUAUUAUUAGAAACUAGAUUUCAGUAGAUAAUAAAUUAAUAAAUAAUCAUAUUUUAUAAAUUUAGCCAAAAUGCUUGACACACUGUUAGCUAGAGCUUAUAUAAAUAUUUGUCAGUGUAUUUAGUGAAUAUCUAUAGAAAAUAUAGAAAUAGAAGAAGUAGUUUUUGAACUCCAUUAGAAUGGGCUUAUUGUAUUUAGGUUCCAGCCAUUUCAUUGGGUUAUGAGCAUCCAGAAUCAGAUAUAAUGAAGCGCCCUCCUAGAAAUCUAAUUAGAGAUAAACUUGUGAAUAACAGGUGACUAUAUUAUGCAGUAUUUAUUGUUUUAUUGCUUUUGCUUUUUGUCUUAGUUACAUGCUUUGAUAUUCAGAUUAAUAAUUAACACAUGUAUUUCUGCAUAAAUUUUUUCUUUUUAAUCUUGACCUUGCUAAUCUGUAUUCUUGACAUAUAUAUUUAAUUUAUAAGCUUUCAAUGUAACAAAAAAAUAAAAAAAAAAAAAAAAAAUGUUUGUGGAUGAUUUGUUUGUUAUUUUGGGAC